AUGGCGACCAAUCCGACUGCGGAGCUGAAAGGCACGGUGGCUGCUACUGAAACUUCGGAGGAUGCAGCGAGGCAUGUGGAUCACGGUCUCCGCGCCUGGACAGUCGUGGCCGGGGCAUGGUGCUGUCUGUUUUGUGGUUUUGGCUGGGUGAACGCCAUUGGAAUCUUCCAAGAUUAUUAUCAAGCCCAUCAAUUGCGGACGUACUCGGCGUCCAGCAUCUCGUGGAUCUUGUCUCUGGAACCGUUUAUUCUCUUUGCAGCGGGACUGGUGAUUGGAAGAGUUUUCGAUAAUUACGGCCCCAAAUGGCUCCUUCUCAUUGGGACGUUUCUGCACGUCUUCGGUCUCAUGAUGACCUCCAUCUCGCACGAGUAUUACCAGUUCAUUCUCGCCCAGGGCAUCUGCAGCCCGCUGGGCGCCAGCUUCGUCUUCUACCCGGCACUCUCCUGCACCGCGACCUGGUUCGAUAAGCGGCGCGCCCUGGCCUUUGGCAUUGUGUCCAGCGGCUCCUCCCUCGGCGGGGUCGUGUUCCCCACGAUGCUGUCGCGACUGCUGCCGCGCAUCGGAUUCGGCUGGUCGCUGCGUAUCUCGGGCUUCAUGGUCCUGGCCAUGCUGAUCAUUGCCAACCUGACCGUUCGGUCGCGAAUCGCGCCCGUCCCACGACCGGUCAAGCUGACGGACUACAUCGGGCCUUUUUCAGAGCUCCCAUUUAUUCUCCUCAUGCUGGCUUCCUGCUGUGGGUUUUUCGCCAUGUUUGUACCGAUCAACUACGUGAUCGUGGAGGCGCAGGAGGAUGGGGUCAACCGUGACUUGGCUGGGUACUUGCUGACCAUCCUCAACGCAGCAAGCCUUCCUGGCCGGAUCCUACCCGGCUACCUCGGGGACAAACUGGGCCGAUUCAACGUCAUGAUCGCCAUGUGCACUCUAUCCGCCGUGGUUCUGCUAGUCCUCUGGCUCCCCGGUACGCUUCUCUCCCCCGGCAGCGCGGCCAUCUACAUCGUCUUCAGCCUGCUGUAUGGAUUCGCCUCGGGCGCGUUCGUCGGCAUGGUCCCUGCCCUACUGAGCCAGAUCUCGCCCGACGUGACCAAGACCGGGGUGCGCCAGGGCGUGUUGUUCACCUGUAUCAGCAUCGCUUCGCUCACGGGGAGCCCGAUCGCAGGGGCGAUCCUGAGUCGACAGCACGGGACCUACUGGGGGCUACAGGUGUUCGCGGGCGCCAUGAUGGUGGGCAGUGUGUUCUUCUUUGUGGCGGCGAGAGUCGUCCUGGCUGGGGCUUCUAUUGCGAAGAAAGUAUAG